GCUUCUUCUUCUUCUUCUUAACUGAAACGCGCGAAGAGAAACUUCUUCAGCGGAUCGAACAAUGAUGGGUUGGAUCGGAGAAACAGUGGAUUCCAUCAAAUCAAUCAAGAUCCGUCAGCUUCUCACUCAGGCCGUUACGCUCGGUAUGAUCGUGACGUCUGCAUUGAUAUUAUGGAAGGCUAUGAUGUGUGUGACUGGCACUGAAUCUCCUGUAGUGGUUGUUCUCUCUGGAAGCAUGGAACCUGCCUUUCAGAGAGGGGAUAUAUUGUUCUUGCGCAUGACCAAGGACCCCAUUAGAACAGGCGAGAUUGUUGUUUUCAAAAUUGAUGGUCGUGAUAUACCAAUCGUCCAUCGUGUCAUUGAAGUUCAUGAGAGGAAAACUACUGGAAAAGUUGAUGUUCUAACAAAAGGUGACAACAAUGAUGUGGAUGACAUCGGUCUCUACGCUGAUGGACAAAUGUGGCUUCAUCGCCACCAUAUAAUGGGCAGAGCUGUUGGUUUCUUGCCGUACGUUGGAUGGGUGACUAUUAUCAUGACAGAAAAGCCUAUCAUCAAGUAUUUACUCAUUGGUGCAAUGGGUCUGCUCGUUAUAACAUCCAAAGACUGAAACAACAUACAUAAAGACGACUCUACAGAGGAGAAGUGGC